AUGGAAGGGUUGAAACUCCCCAUGGCAACAUUUUCGCCAUUAUACACUGAUUUCAAACACUUUAUCAAAAAUGAUUCAAAUUCGUCGUUCUUAGCAGGUGGAAUUGCAGGGGCAGUUUCAAGAACUGUGGUGUCACCGUUUGAGCGUGCAAAGAUUUUACUACAAUUGCAAGGACCUGGAUCCGAGCAAGCAUACCAAGGUAUGUUUCCCACUAUAGCAAAGAUGUACCGUGAAGAAGGUUGGCGGGGACUUUUUCGUGGAAACACGCUCAAUUGUAUCAGAAUAUUUCCUUAUAGCGCUGUACAAUUUGCUGUAUUUGAAAAUUGUAAAGACUUGAUUUUGAAGUACAGGCGACAUCAGUAUCCUAAUGACUUGAAUGUACAAAGAAACAAUGAGUUGAAUGGGUAUGAGAGGUUGUUUUCUGGCUCCAUUGCUGGGAUAAUAUCUGUCGCUGUCACUUAUCCAUUAGACUUGGUACGGGCUAGAAUUACUGUGCAAACUGCUUCCUUAAGUAAGCUUGACAAGGGUAAGUUAGCAGAAGCGCCAACUGUUAUGCAAACACUCAAGGAAGUUUACCAAAAUGAAGGAGGGUUUUUCGCCUUAUACCGUGGAAUUAUUCCAACUACGUUGGGUGUAGCUCCAUACGUUGCUAUAAAUUUUGCAUUGUAUGAGAAGCUCCGGGAGUAUAUGAAUAAUUCACCUAGAGACUUUUCGAAUCCGAUAUGGAAACUUUCGGCAGGAGCGUUUAGUAGUUUUGUUGGAGGUGUAUUGAUAUAUCCCUUGGACGUGCUAAGAAAAAGAUAUCAGGUUGCCAGUAUGGCAGGAGGAGAAUUGGGAUUCCAGUAUAGAUCGGUGGGACAUGCAUUAUACUCCAUUUUCAAAAAUGAAGGCUUUUUUGGCGCCUACAAGGGAUUGACGGCUAAUUUGUACAAAAUUGUACCUUCCAUGGCCGUCAGUUGGUUGUGCUAUGAUACUAUUCGAGAAUGGAUUAAAAUUUGGUAA